CGCAUGCGCCGUGCUGGACUAGCGGCAUCGUUCGAUUUACGGCUAAAAACUAGCUGAAUCAUUUGGCUAAAGUCUCCCAUUGACUCUUCUCAUUGCACACUUCUUGCGAGGUUAUGGCUGCAAGAUACGAUAGAGCCAUCACCGUCUUCUCCCCGGAUGGCCAUCUCUUUCAAGUGGAGUACGCCCAAGAAGCUGUAAAGAAAGGCUCCACAGCGGUGGGAAUCAGGGGCAAAGAUAUUGUCGUCCUCGGAGUUGAGAAGAAAUCGGUAGCAAAGUUGCAGGAAGAGAGAACCGUCCGCAAGAUAUGCGCCCUCGACGAGCAUGUCUGCAUGGCGUUUGCAGGGCUGACGGCAGACGCUCGUAUCGUGAUAAACAGAGCGCGUGUUGAGUGUCAGAGUCACCGCUUGACUGUGGAGGAUCCCGUCACUGUGGAAUACAUCACACGCUACAUCGCCACCUUGAAGCAGCGUUACACCCAAAGCAACGGUCGCAGGCCAUUUGGCAUCUCUGCUCUGAUUGUCGGCUUUGACGACGACGGGACCCCUCGGCUGUAUCAGACUGACCCGUCGGGAACCUACCAUGCCUGGAAGGCCAACGCGAUUGGCCGCAGUGCCAAGACGGUGAGAGAGUUUCUGGAGAAGAACUACACGGACGAAGCCAUCGCCGGAGACAAUGAGGCGAUCAAGUUGGCAAUCAAAGCUUUGCUCGAGGUGGUCCAGUCGGGAGGGAAAAAUAUUGAACUGGCUGUAAUCAGACGGAAUCAACCACUCAAGAUCCUGGAGUCCAAAGAGAUCGAGACUCUGGUGGCUGAGAUCGAAAAGGAAAAGGAGGAAGAGGCUGAAAAGAAGAAGCAGAAAAAGUCGACUUGAAAUAUUUUUUUUUUUUUUUUUUUUGGAACUUGGAUAUGGAAGUAGCCUUUUGGGGAGGAUAAAGGGGGACUGAUAACUCAUUUAUUUCACUGUAAAGAAGUGAAUCCUAACUUGAGAUGUACCAUCCCUCCAGCUGUUCCAAGUGUGUAAAUACUCAUACAUACACACAGCACUCAAGUUAGGCUUCACACACGGACAUUUUUCUAUCAUUCAUCUUUGCAAGUGCUUUGAUGGUGACAAAUAUCACAUGUCCAAAACUAACCGUUCGGAUUUGAAAUCGGGAAUAAAAGAUGACUUGUUUAUAAAAGUCUUCAUUCAUAUCAUGGCGCAAAAAAAAA